UAGUUAACACAGAGAGGCGUUAACGGAAGUGAAUUCAGCUUGGAAAUCCCCAGCAGCAUAAAAAGAGAUCUGGGAGUUUUACCUGCAAACCCAUGUGAGAUUGCUGUAUGAUUCAUCUGGCCCAUGAAACAAGAAGCACAAAAUGAUCACGUCUGCAGAUGAUUUAUUUAGUUCCCAAAUAUGUGUAUAUUCUAUAAUCUUUUAAAAUUACUUCCUCUCCUCUUCAUGAACAUUGUGCUUUGUGUGGCAGCAUGUAAUAAUGCAGAAUAUGAAAUUGAUGGAGAGUGUUGCCCAAUGUGUGAUCCAGGAAAGCGAGUUCAUAAACACUGUGAUGAGUUCACAAGCACAACAUGUGAUUCAUGUCCCAUGAUGACUUACACUCAUGUUCCGAAUGGAUUUAUAGAAUGUCUGCCGUGUUCUGUCUGUGAUCCGAGUAAUGGGCUGAGAGUAAAGCAGGCAUGUACAUUAACAUCAGAUACAGUGUGUGAACCUCUGCCUGCUUACAACCUAAUAUAA